AAUAAAAUUUUGUCUUUGUUUAUAAGAAAGUUGCUAAUUCAUAUUUUUGUAAAUGUGAUUAAUUCACAUUUCAUAUAAAUCUUAUCUUGAUAUAAAUUUUACAAUUGCGUCAAAUUCAAUACUAAUGUUGUGUUACUGUUUCCUGGCAACAUGUAUACUAGCAUAUACCAGUGUUCAUCUGACAAAUGGCAAUUUCUAAAGAAUUGAUAAGUGCCUUACUUAAUAAAAAUGUCUAAGAGAAUAUUUUGUUAAUAUAAUUUAUUAAAUAAUUUAAAAAAUUAAUUAAGCGUGGUGAUAAUACUAAUAGUAAUAGAAAAGUAAAAACUAAAACUCUUCCUGCUCAAUACAAUGAAAUUACUUGUGCUAGUGAAGUAGUUUUCAAUGAACAUGACAGGAAGAGGUUUUUUUGUUAAAAUACAGCUUAAUCUUCAUGCUUGUUUUUUUUAUAGGUAUCUUGUCCCGGUGUCUGGUUAUGUCCAAAUGGAAAAAUAACUUUAAAAAUUAAUACUCUUAAUUCUAAUAGAGAGUCUCAUAGAAUUGCACCAGUUUUUCCAUUACUACUUCAUGAAAAAUUUACAUUUGAAAAAAUGUUUUCUCAUGUAGUUACUUUAACAGAAUUACAACAUAGUCUGGAACAAGUAUUUUUUUUUGCAGAAUUAGUACAAUGGGUUACACCUUCUGGUAGAGGAGUCAUUUUAGCUACAUUUGAAACAAAUUUAGUUGAUUUAUUAUACCCUACAUCAUGUUUCAAAGGGCUAUUAGCUCGUGUAGAUAUAGAUUUACUUAUGGAACCUACUAAAUAUUUUCCUGGUAUAAUAGCACCUAAAAUUGAAGUGUCCACAAAAACUAUUAUAGAAGGAAUUAUGAACAUAGAUGAUAUUAAUAUGUCAGGGAUACAUAUCAUCAAUCCAAAAACAAUAAACUCAAAGAAUGCAUCAUGGAUCAACAGAAAACGACCAGUCAAGGGUAUUAUCAGACAAAAGAGAGUUUGUCAUAGUCAAGGAAUAAUUGCAGAUAAAAAUUAUCAAUUAUCUCAACAAAAAUCAAAUAAUAAAUUAAAUUCAUAUGUAUAUCCUAUUAAAAGAGUGCAAUGUCCUAAUGGUCAAUAUUGUUGCGCAGGAAAAAAAUCUAUUUGUAAUUGUGAACCGUGUUAUUCAGAACAAAAAUCUAGACCCUUAGCUUCACAUAAUGAUUCACAUAUUUAUGACAAAUGUCCCGUUUGUUUAAAAUAUAAAUAUUAUUUUUCCAAUCAAAAUAAUCCAACUAAUACUGCACAAAGUUACAAUAUUUAUUGUAAAAAAGAUUUGUUAAAAGACCAUCAUUUCUCUAAAUGUACUUGUCAGUUUUCUAAUGAUAAAAAUCACAAUAUUAUUCAAUCUCCAAACAAUAUACAUACAGGACAAAAAGAAUCAACAGUAUCUAUGUUAGAAUCGAAAGUAAAAACGGUAGAUAACAUAAAUGAAACUUAUUAUAAAUGUGGGCAAAAUCAAUUGAAAGAUUUUUACAAAAACAUGGAAAAAUUUUAUAAGAGAAUGUAUGAACAGGCAAGAAAGCAUGCUGAAGGAAUUAAUGCAUAAUGAAUUGACAUGAAUCUGUCAUGGAUUUU